AGGAGGCGGAAUCUUGCCAGGAGUCCUGACUCUUGUCGGUUCGAUCGGUUCUUUUGAACAAUUCGCGUCAAACAAACGGUUUCAGCGAUUUACAAUAUGCGUCAUAUUGUCUCUUAUAUGGCAAGAAACAUUACAGGCUCUAAUGUUCUACAGGCACUAUUUUAUUAGUUUUUUUAUGCUGUAUGUUUCAAUUUGCUGCAACCAUUUUUCAGCUAAUAAAACCCUAAUAAAAGGGAUGUCCUGUUCUGCUGUGGGGCGACGGCUGGUUGCAUGUCUCCUAAACAUCUCAGAAGCUCGGAGAAGAGACCUGGUGGAGACGGUGGCUAGAUCAGCCAUCACUGACACACUUGGAACGAAGCGUGAAGGCAUCACAGUGCUUAACAUCUUCAAUGAUGUCGACUACAACCGCUCUGUCAUUACUAUUGUUGCAAGCAUUGACCUAAUAAGGGAGGCUGUAUUGUCAGCUUGUGAGCGUGCAUGCUCUCUGAUUGACAUGAAUGUCCAUGAGGGCAUCCACCCGUGUAUGGGUGCAGUGGAUCUGGUGCCUCUCUAUCCUCUGGGGGAGGAGGUGGGCCUUGAGGAAUGUGGAAAAGAGGCCCAGGCUUUAGCCACGGCUCUAACGGAACGAGUCACGGGCACCAGUGUCUUUUUGUUUGGAUGGGCUGAUUCUCCUCAGCGACGAGGUCUGGCUAAGAGGAGGAAGGAGAUUGGCUGGUUCAAAAAGGUCUUGGAUAUGUCAACCAUCCAGCCAGAUUUAGGUCCACAGCCCACAAGGAAAUAUGGUGUUACAGGUGUUGGAGCCUGCCCCUAUGUCAUGAACUGUAAUGUGACCAUUGAUACCCAAGAUCUGGCCGUGGGCCGAAUUGUGGCUUCUGCAAUCCGUGAAUCCAGUCCUGGCGGUAUCCCUGGAGUUCAGGUCAUGGCUCUACCACAUGAAGGUGCUGUGGAGAUCGCUUGUAAUGUAGAGAGCGUUCAAGGUGGGCCUUCGCCUUCAUGUUAUGGUGAGGAAAAAUGGCCAAGGUUUACCAUUGGAGGGCAAAACUUCUGUCAUGCUCCAGCCUCACUAAUCACAUCACGAGUAGCAGAACUGGCUAGACAGCAUGGAGUGGCCAUCAAGGGUACGGCCCUGGUGGGCUUCACCCCAUGUGAGUGCAAGAGACUGGCAGAGGGAGCACUCUCAAAUGGCAUUGGAGAGUUCUGGAAAGAGCUGCAGCGUGUGCACAUGUGAACAAGCCAAAAGCUUUCACCUCUGUGCUAAAUUGCACACUAAUCAAUGGUUAAUUAGAGGGUAUUAAUUGAGUCAUCAACAACUUACCUAUUUGUUUACAAGAACAGUGCUUAAAGGUAUAUUUCAGCCAAAAAUUACAAAUCUUUCAUUAUUUACACACGCUCAUGUCACUCCAACGCCUAUGUGUCUUAUUGUCCUUCUGUGAAACACAAAAAAGAAUUGUAGGAACAGUGGUAGCCAUAAACUACACAUUGUGUAGACAAAAACACUGGGACAUUUUUCCAAAUAUCUCCUUUAGAGUUCUACAGAAGAAAGUAAUGCAGGUAUGGAAUGACAUGAGGGUAAGUGAGUGAUGACUGGAUUUUCAUUUAGUAGUCUUCAUUAAUAAUAUUAAUUUGGUUACAGUGUGAAUUUCAGCUUUCAAUUAACUCUCAUCUUAUAAAAGCCUGAAUAAUGAUUUAUCAAAUGCUUCGGGUCAGUUUAUGUUGAUGAAAAAAGCCCACAUUCUGGGUGUAAUUUAGUUUUGAUCAAAUAGGACAAGCAUAGUCAUUCUUAGGGUGCCUUAUAUGUUAAUGGGUAACGUAAUUAUUACUUGUUUGGAAUAUAUUUUUAAUUCCUAAAUUUGCAGCAGUUCUGUGUGUGAAUGUAAAGGUUUUAAUGCCAUCAUUUGGGAUCAUUAACCGUACUUAUUCAUCACAUGAUGUUCUGCUCAUAGGUGUAUAUAAUUAUACAAAGGGUAAUUAGGCCAGGGCAGUUUGAGGAAUCCUCUCCUAUUGCUCACAUACUAAAUUACACAUACUGUUACAAAAAUGCAUUGGAAGAAUAUCAAGGCUGGCAAGUACAGACAGCAACAGGAACUCUUAUUUCACAAGUUGCUAAAGAUUGACUUCAGUGAUAUUUUUCAGAGGAACAAGAAUUCCGCUAAACAUGUUUUGAAAACAUUCACACAAGUUUGUGCUUGACUGAGCUGAUUAUAAAACCUAAGCAUGGGAUUCCUGACAUUAUAUUAUUGCUUCCAUCUGGAAGAGAAAUAUACUGUCAAAGAUAGUUUUAUGCAAAAAGACGGUCAAAUUAAAUGUAAUGUGGUGCUUUAAACACAAGAUUCCAUCUGUUUUUUUUUUUCUCACCUGUAAACAUUUCACUUGUGCUGCACCAGUGUUGUCAAAGAUCAAAAACUGUCUAGAUGGCACAGAAAAUAGUAAUGGGGACAGAAAUCACUAACUACAUUAGUGAUGAGUUCAGGCAGCCCACAUUUGGAACGUAUUAAAAUAAAAAUGGCACACUCCAAGCAGCUGCAAAACUAUUACUGAAGCCACAGUUUUGAUUUUAUGGAGUUGGAUUGCCGUGACCAGGGGCCUGUACCAUGAUGGUAGCUGAACAAAUUCAGAGUUAAAGGAUUACCAAACCUCUCCAAUCCACCUUUGUUGGUACCAUGAUGCUGUUCAUCAACUUUCUUUGUCAACUCAGGC